GACUGCGCCCUCAAGAUGGUGGACCGGCUUGCAGAUGGUUGCCUGGACACAGAUGCCCAGAACCUUCUCAGCAGCCUCAAGGGGCGCAUUGCUGACCUGCAGCCCGGAGUUCUCAAGGCCCACCACCUGGCGUGGAGCCGAGACCUGGUGAACCCCAAAAACAGGGCUCACGCCCGGUACCUGAAAGAGCUGGGGGAGCAGUUUGUGGCCAGGGCUAACCAUCAGGUGCUCGAGCGCCUCCGGGAGCUGGAGGCAGGCCGGCAGGAGUUGGCGUGGCUCUAUCAGGAGAUCCACCACCACCUGGGGCUCAGUGCCGAGGCCACCCGGACCUUCUGUGGGCGCCAGGAGCUCCUGACCCAGCUGGGGCAGCGGCUCCGGCAGAGCGAUGGCCAACCCCACCCACCCCUGGUGCUCUUUGGACCCCCAGGCAUUGGAAAGACCGCUCUGAUGUGCAAGCUGGCUGAGCAAAUGCAGGGGCUGCUCGGCCGCAAGACAGUGACGAUUCUGCGGCUUCUGGGGACAUCACAGAUGAGCUCCAACGCCCGAGGCCUGCUCCAGAGCAUCUGCUUCCAGGUGUGCCUUGCCUACGGGCUGCCCCUGCCCCCUGCCCAGGUCUUGGAGGCCCACACCAGGGUGGUGCAGUUUUUCCACAUUCUCCUCCACACCAUCUCCUACCGAAACUUUGAGUCCCUCGUGAUCCUACUGGAUUCAAUGGAUGACGUGGACUCUGUCGACCAGGCUCGGAGGGUCCCCUGGCUGCCUCCCAAGUGCCCCCCGAGGGUCCACCUCAUCCUCUCAGUCUGCUCAGGACAGCAGGGGGUUUUAGACACUAUGCAGCAGGUGUUCACGGACCCAGCAGCUUACUGGGAGGUGAAACCCCUCUCCGGAAACCAAGGGCAAGAGAUGAUCCAGCUCCUGCUGGCCGCCUCGAGGAGGACGCUGAGCCCAGUGCAGAGGGACCUGCUCUGGGCCAGCCUCCCGGAGUGUGGGCACCCAGGGCGGCUGAGGCUGGCCUUCGAGGAGGCCCGAAAAUGGGCCUCCUUCACCGUGCCGGCCCCUCUGGCCUCCACUGCUAAGGAAGCGAUACACCAGCUGUGUGCCUGCCUGGAGCAGACACACGGGCAGCUCCUGGUGGCCCGAGUGCUGGGCUACAUCGUGUCUUCCCGGCACGGGCUCUCAGAGGCGGAGCUGAAGGAUGUCCUGUCCUUGGACGACGAGGUCCUGCAGGCCGUGUACCAGGACUGGACCCCACCCAGCAAAGAGCUGCUGCGUUUCCCACCCCUGCUGUGGGUGAGACUUCGUCGAGAUCUGGGUAACUGCUUGGCCAGGCGGCCCGUGGAUGGCUUCACGCUCCUGGCCAUUGCCCACAGACAGCUGGCUGAGGUGGUCCGAGAGCGCUACCUGUCCGGGCCCGAGAAAGCCAAGAGUCACGGAGUCUUGGCCGACUUCUUCACAGGGGCCUGGAGCCAGGGCACCAAGAAACUCAUCACCCUGCCACUCGUGGGAAAACCCCUGAACCUGGACCGCAAGGUGGCCCCUCAGCCCCUGUGGUUCUCCGAGACGGUUGCAAACCUACGGAAGCUGAAGGAGUUACCCUACCACCUGCUCCACUCAGGCCGCAUAGAGGAGCUGAAGCAGGAGGUGCUGGGCAGCAUGAACUGGAUUUCCUGCCGGGGCAUCUCCGGGGGCAUCGAGGGUCUGUUGGAUGACUUUGACCUGUGUGCCCCUUACGUGGACUGUCCUGAGGUCGGCCUGGUCUGGGAAGCCCUCCAGCUGUGCCGCCCAGCCGUGGAGCUCCGAGGCAUGGAGAGAAGCAUCCUGUAUACAGAACUCCUGGCCAGGCUUCAUUUCUUCGCUACCUCACAUCCGGUGCUGGUGGGACAGCUGUGCCAACAGGCACAGAGCUGGUUCCGGAUGUGCCCACACCCUGUGCUGGCGCCCCUCUCAGGAUUCCUCCAGCCCCCGGGAGGACCCCUGCGGGCCACCCUCACUGGCUGUCACAAAGGCAUCACAGCCAUGGCAUGGAGCCUGGAAGAGAAGCUGUUGGUGGUUGGCACCCAGGAGGGCAUGGUGGCUGUGUGGGACAUGGAAGAACAGCAGGUGAUCCACAUCCUACCUGGACACACAGGAGAGGUGAGGUGUGUAAAAGUGUUUGGCAAAGGGACGCUUGCCAUCUCUGCCUCUAAGGACCACACCCUGCGCUUUUGGAACUUACUCUCUGGUGAGGAGAAAUUCACCAUUUGGGAUGGAGGCUCAAAAGAUCCCACUGGACCUCAGAUCUGGAGCCUUCAUGUGGAUGAAGCAAAGAAGGUUGUGUAUUCAGCAUCCAGCUCAAAGGUCAGUGCUUGGAAUCUGGAAACUGCAGAGCUGAUUUUCCAUAUUCUGGGGGACUCCUCUGACCCCUGGGUGUGCACAGCAGUGCUGGCUUCCAGGACCAUGCUGCUGGUGGUGUCCCAGUGUGGCGUGGUCAGUCUGUGGAGCUCAGCCACAGGAACACUGCAGAGGAAGCAACAUUUGUCCAGCAUCAAAGAAGAAACAAUUACCUGUGGGGUCUCGGUCCAGAAACAAGGAAAGAUGGUGACCGGGUCCAGCAAGGGCUCCAUCUCUUUGGUUACCUCUGAAGGAGACAGCCUCCUGGAGAAGCUUCCAGAAGCCGUGGGGUUCCUGGUGGCCUCUGAAGAUGAGUCCCUUCUUGCUGCAGGUUUUGGAAGAUCUGUGCGGAUAUUCUUGGCAGACUCACAGGGGUUUCAUCGAUUCAUGGCCACCGACCUUGAACAUGAAGAUGCGGUGGAGACGGCCAUUUUUGGUCCUGAAAACAAUCUGAUUGUCACUGGGUCCCGGGAUGCACUCAUUCAGGUGUGGAGUCUAUCAGAGCAGGGGACUCUGCUAGAUGUCUUGGAAGGUGUCGGGACCCCGGUGAGCCUGCUGGCCCGGGGUGGGGCCUUGGUGGCAUCUGCAUCCCAUCAGUCCUCAUCUUUUAAAGUCUGGGAUCUCACCUAUGCUCAGAAGCCAAGGGCCUCUACCCCGUUUCUAGACCGUACUGGCUUGACUGCAGUGUCACACAAUGGAAGCUACAUUUACUUCCCUAAAAUUGGGGACAAAACCAAAGUCACCAUUUGGGACUUGGCAGAAGGCGAGGAGCAAGAUGCUCUGGACACCUCCAAUGAGGUCAGGUGUCUGGAGGUCGCCGAGCAGGCCAAUCUGCUUUUCACCGGCCUCGUUUCGGGGAUCGUCCUGGUGUUCCCCCUGAAUUCCAGACAGGAUGUGAUGUGCAUCCCCCCUCCAGAGGCCCGGAAAGCCAUCAACUGCAUGGCGCUAAGUAAGGAUGAGGGGCACCUGGCCAUCGCCUAUGACAGCAUCGUCCUGGUGCUGGACAUCAGCCCCGGGGAUCCCUGUCCAGUCAUCGACGGGCCAACCUACACCUUCUAUACCCAGCUGCCUGACACCAUAACCAGCGUAGCUCUUCUGGCUGACUACCGCGUGAUCUACGGCAUGACCAAUGGAGACCUCUUCCUUUACGAAUGUGCGAAUUCCAAGGUGUUCCCUCUGGAGGCCCAUGGGAGCCAAGUCACCUGUGUGGAGGUCAGCCACAAAGAGCAGCUGGCAGUCAGUGGGUCUGAGGAAGCCCUGCUGUGUCUCUGGGACCUGCAGGUGUGCAAGUGGAAAUUCGAGAUGAGCUACACGAAUUCUUACUGUAGAGGAGUCCAAUGUGCUUGCUUCUCCAAGGACGACAAGUACGUCUAUGCAGCCUUGAAAGAUCGCUCCAUAAUCGUCUGGAGUGUGCUGGAUGGCACAUUGCUGGCUGUCCAGUUUGUCCAUGCCAUGGUGAACAGAAUCAUCCCAACCUCUAAUGGCUUCAUUGCCCCCACCAGACAUGGCUAUCUCAUCCGUGAACGUUUCCAGUGCCCUUCAUCAAGAGUCUCACAACAGGAUCCUCUCAAGAACUUCAAGAAGGCAGUGUGGAUGGUCAAAUCCAGGCAGAGAGAAGAGCUGGCUGCUGCUGCAGGAGCACUCCAGGACUCAAGAUCAGGGAGUGCCCAGGGAAAUGAAUCCAAAUCAAACAAACGCUCACAAGUCUGUCUGCUAGUGUAAAAACCUCCCGUGGCUCCAGUGAGUUAGUCCCAUUCAAUCAGGCUGAAGCAAAGAGAAUAUAUGUGUUGAUGUAUAUCUGGAUCCAAAGCCUCCGAUUAUGUGACCCAGACCUUGCUUCUCACCAUCUUUUCAUUUUUCUCUCUUCCUUGUCAGCUCCAUUCACAGAGCCACCACCCCCAGGUUAGCAAUAUGACAGCCAAGUUCAGUAGAAAAGAGAGUUUCCCUUUUCCAACAGUUUGACCCAAAGUCCUGGUUUUAAGUCUAUUAGCCCCAAUUAGCUCACACACCCAUUCCAGAACACAAAGCUAUCUCUGGGGAGAAUGCAGCACUCUGAUUGGCGGGACUGACCCUAUUCCCAUCUGGGCUGAAGAUGGAGUCAACACCACCCAACUAUGUAGACUGAGAAGGGGAGAGGCUAUUCCCCAGGGAAACUGGGGUGCUGGUACCAGGUCAAGGGGGGAAUGGAUGGAUGUAACUGACCAAACCAUAAAUGUGGACCAUAGAGCUUUAUAGAUUAUAAAGCACCAGGUGCUAUGGUCUGAUCCUUAUCACAGCCCAUGCUUCAGGGAGGGCAGGAGUUUCUGCAUCCAUUUUACAGACGAGUAAACUGAGCCUUGCAGAGGUAGCUGUGCUUUGCUCAAAAUUAUGAACCCAAGGUGCAAGAACUCUGAGAAAUGAGAGCCCAGAGCCUUCCUGUCCCAAUCCUUGUUGGGACCAUCUCUCUCCAAUUUUAGACUCAAAAGCACAGCCAUCAAUUCCAUGGGUGGCACACUUAAAUGCCCACAGGGGCCAAUAAGUAAUCUAGACCAUUGCUGUGCACCUGGGUGACCAGCAGGGAGUAAUGGUGACAAUGGGAACAUGGAGGGCACUGCUCUGUCUUGGGUAGAAACGGGUACCUUGACUCUACCCCAUCACCAUAGGGAAAGCAGUCCUCUGGUGCCAGAGCUUCCUGUUCUUACAAGUAAAGCCAGAAAUCCAGGCUUUUAUGAAAAACGUUCUCAUUUUUUAAAGUUGGCAAUUGGCUCAAAUUUACCCUUAUAGGCACAUUUGGCCCAUGUCUCUAGUUCACGAGCUGACUCAUGACCCAACGUGGCAUUAAAACAGUAAAUCUGUUAUCAUUCUUCCAUCUCUACUCCCUGGUUCCCAUACUUUUGAGAAUAAAGAUGCUUUUUAUCUUAAAAACUGGAGGCUCUUGGAGGCAGAUGGAAAAAGCUGCAGACAUCUCCCUGCUGUGCUUUUGGACCAUCUCUGCCUCGUACAAGUUCAACAGUCCAGCUGUUUGUGCUCCACUUAAAUGGCUCUUUCUUCUUUACCUGCAGCCCCCACCUGCUUCUGGGGCUUUUGCUAUAAGGAUAGCAAAGUCCAAACCGUCAAGGUGCUAUUCCUUCCUUACUCCCCAUCCCCGCACUGGAUUCCAGAGAAAAAAACCACCUUAGAAAAAGAGGCUUUCGUGCUGGAUGUGACCUGACUGACUGUCUCAUUCAGUCAUUUCUCAAACUAGUGUUCCAAGGAGGGCUUUGGCAGUUCUGCAAAUGUCACUGAGCAUCAAAUUCCAUUAAAAAUAUUUUAUAACUGUAAAGUCCAUGUUGGGUAGCAGUUUUUGAGGUGUUGGAGAUAACUAAUGUAGGAUUCUCCUGCCAUCUCCACUUAACUUGGAUUGUGAGGGGAGCCUUUGAAAAAAAUAGCUCUUUGCUACCAUGUCUCUAUGAAUCAGGGGUUUGACCCAAUGCAGGAAUAAUGUGGGUGUGACUGAGAUGUCAGCUACAGCUUCUGGCUUAAAAUGUGUGUGUCCAUCUCAACAGCCUCAGUGAGAAUCAAUGGUUUUGUACGUAAACACUAAUUUGAACAUAGGACAGACAUUUUUACGAAUAAAAUGCUACUCUGAA